UUUUCGAUAGGUUUCUAGCGCUUUCUUGCGUCAAUGGUUGAUUAUUGAAUUGGUAUAUUGUUUGCUGGAGGUUGAUUGGUUAAGGAGGAAGAAACGGGCUAAUGACAAAAUCAAGUAUAACAUUUAUUGUAUUUGUUGUAUAAGUUAUUCAGUCAUUUUAUAAAAAUGGACAUAACCACGAAGUUUAUUCAGGACAUUUUGUACCUAGAAAAUACAAUAUCAUUAUUUAAUGAAAAGUACAUGAUAGAUAAGUCCAUAUUCGAUCACGACUUACAAUGUAAUCUUCAAAUGUUUUAUAAAAAAAUCACUUAUCUGGAAAAGAUGUGGUCUAGAAAUUUGGCAGGCGAAAUAAGUUAUUCUAAUUGUUUAGAUAAUAUGAUUAAAACAUCGUCAAAUAAAUUAGAUACUAUAUCUGAAAUAAAGCAAUCGUAUCCCCACAUUUCUGAAAAGAUCUUAUCGAAAUUGAUUAAUAUGAACAAAUUUAAUGAACUUGCUAUUGUUUUAAACUUUAACCUGCGAUACACUUGUGUUAUUUGUUCAAAAAGAUUAAAUACUGAGCAUGAACUGUUUACACAUUGCAAUAGUCAUAAGCAUAAUAAAACGAUUUCUGACAAAAAGAGUUUUUUGUCAUUACAAUCUUAUUCGAACUAUUGGGAAAUUCAUAAAAGACAUUACAUUCAUAAAUAUGUUGUUUAUCCUCAUACACAAGAUGCAAUUUAUUGCUGGGGAUGUGGAAUUGUAUUGUGUCUUGAUGAUGCAACUUUUAAUGAACACUUUUUGUCGAGUGAUCAUGUAUCUACAGCUGCUUACAAAGCACUUAUGAUAGAUAAACUGAAUUGGAGUAAUCUUACAAAUAAGACUGAUGAAUUUCAAAGUUAUCCUUCCAAUAAAAAAAUUAUCGACAUUCCCGAAUUAAAUAAAAAUCAGUUGUCUUCAUCUCAAAUUAAAAAUAACAUAACAGAAGAAGCUGCCCUUGUGACAUCUGAUAUACUAUCCAAAAAUAUUAGUGGUAGUGAAAUUAUUUCCGAGAGCGAAGUUAGCUUGUUUGCGGAAGUAAUGUCAAAGGAUAAUUUGAUUCAAAUCUGUGAAAAACUCAACUAUUGCCUCCAAUGUGAUAAGUUAUUACGAUCAUCCGGCACAUCUCACAUAUCCGGUAAAACUCAUAAGAGCAAUCAACAUAUAACUCCAUCUUUCAAAUCGAGUGAUAUUUUAGUCUGUCUUGUUUGUAAUCUAGUUUUUUUUAAUGAAGAAACAUUUAAUAUGCAUAUAAAACAGACAAGCCAUAUUGAUCUGAGUUUUCUUCAGAAAGAUUGUCCAAAGUGUCAUAUAAAAUUAUUUGGUUCAUUGGAAAUCAUUUAUCAGCAUGAACACUUCAUAUCAAAAUCUAAAGAAAUACCAGUUAAUGGUGUUGAGAAAGAGAAAGAUCUCAGAAAAGAGCAAAAUCAUUUUGUAGAGCCGCAAGGUUUUGAAAACGAAGUAAGUGAUAUUGUUGCUGAAAAUCAACCAAAUUGUUUUAAAAAUGAAAGAAUUGAGAUUAAAAGUAAUUUAGAUAAAACAAGAGAAAUUAAAAAGGAAGUGCACAAAGUACAGCAUGAAAUAAAUAAUUUGAAACAGAAAAAUAUUCAAAGUGAAAAUAUUGCUUUGAGAAAAGAAAGGCUUGAUUUAAAUAAUGAAGAAAAUGUGAAAAAUGUAGAGUUUAAAAGCACAAUAAAUAACGCCCAGUCAAAGGAAAAGUGUAGCUAUGCUGUUGCUGAAAUAAAUAGCUUAUCAAUUUAUAAUGCAUCUCUUGUCACCAAUUGUUUGUUGUGUUUAGUUCAUUUGAGCAAAAAUAGUAAAACUAUUUUACAACAUGUAAAUGGAUCAAGGCAUACAAAAAAUUACCGAAAUAGUGAGUCGAUAAUGUUGCUUAAACCUUUUAUAAAUAAAAUUUUUUACAUGCUAAAAAAUGACAAAGACGAUGUAUUUCGUCAAAACAUAGAUUUUUUAUUUCCUUAUACAAAAAAAGCUGUUCUCUGUAAAUUAUGUGAUGAUGAAAUUUCAAAUAAGGCAAAGGAUAUACUUAUUCAUUUUAAAUCAUCUAAACAUAUUAAAAAUCGUAAAAGCUACAUAAAAAAUUUUGAGAAAAGUAAACUCAUGGUAAGAAGAAGAAGGGAAUUAAAACAAUUUUAUGAAUGUUUGGAAAACUCAUGGGCAAAAAUAAAACAGGAUCACAUAUAUAAUAAAGUCUUUUUUGGGUUUGAUGAUGAAAAUAAUUAUUUCUGCGAUGUAUGUAACAUUGAUAUUGAUAUUUUUAAUGGGAAAUCUUUGAAAAAUCAUAUUGAAGGUCAUCUUCAUAAACAUAAUCUCUCCCGAAUCAACUUAUCACACAGAUAUUACUGCCACCCAUGUAAUUUGGCAAUGCAAAAUGUUAAAUUAUAUGAAAUGCAUUUAUCAGAAUCUCAGCAUAAAAACAGAUUAAUUUCAUUCCAAAAAACUGGAAGUAAGGAUGCAGUAUUUUCAGAUUUGAUUUGUCAGGAGUGUGGUUUAAAAAUUUUCUGUGAUACAAAAUUUUUACCUAAACAUGAGCAUAUUACAUUCACAUUUAACACGGAAACCGAAGCAAAUAUGUGUAUUGACAACACGAACAAAAUCGAUUCAGAAAUAAAUUCUAAAUCUAAUUUUGAGCAGAAAAAAUAUAUGGAAGCUUUUAAUACUUUAGACACAGCUACAAAGUAUUAUUUGGAAGAUGGAAUAAACGCUAACAAUGUAGAAGUAAUGAUAAACUCAAUUAAUAGUACCAUAUAUGAUAAAGAUACAUUCUGCUUAGCUGCUUCUGCGAGUGCUCCUAAUAAUUAUGGUGUUGACAGUAAAAACAAUAUAUCUGAAGCACCAACCAUGAACGAUAAAAAUGUUUGGAUAUCGGAUGUGGGAAAUGAUUCAAAAAUGGCUAUAUGUGAAUUGACACUGAAAUCAUGUGAAAUUGAUAAUGAAAGAUAUGAAACUGAACCAAAUCAUAAAAGUAAUUCAUGUGGUCAUUCAGAGUCAGAGUUUUGUGCAGUUUUUAAUAUGCUGGUUGAUACAAGUUCGAAAUAUUACACAAUUGGAAUAAAUGUUAAUAUGAAGCAUUUAUAAAUUUUAGAAGUUUUUAUAUUGCUCAAAAGCAAAAAAUACUGUUUAUUGUUACAAAAUAUAUUAGUGUUAUUGACAGCCAGAUACGAGAGGCCGCAACAAGAUAUUAUAACUAUGUUAUUA